GCUGAAGUGAAGAUGAGCAUCGGCGAGAAGAUGUCCCAAGUGAAGCCUCUGCUGAAGCUCAGCAGUGACGAGAGAAAGCAAUUUCUCGACUCAUUUGAUAUCAUGAUGGCAGAUUGUGACGGUGUUCUCUGGAAUCUCUUCAGCCCAAUUCCGGGCACUGGAGAGACUCUCAACACUCUGGAUGCGCUGGGAAAGAAGAUCAUCUACAUGUCCAACAAUAGCAUUCGCACAGAGAAAAACUAUGAAGAUAAAGUCACGAAAAUUGGCUUCAAAUUCGAGCGAGAAAACCUCGUGCAUCCCAUCGCGGCUAUCAUUCGCUACCUGAAGAAGAUCAACUUCCAGGGAUUGAUUUACAUGAUCGGCACAACGUACACGAAGACGUUGGUUCGCGAGGCGGGAUUCAGAGUCAUCGACGGUCCGAAUGUUUUUGUUGAGGAAAAUUUUACAAACCUCGUGAAAAACGUGAAAGACGGCGAGCCAGUUAAGUUUGUAAUCAUGGAUGUUGACUUCAACUUUGGAUAUCCCAAAUAUCUCAGAGCUGAACUGUAUCUCAGACAUCCUGAAUGUCAGUUAAUAGUGGCCGCCACCGAUCAUCGUCUUCCUGUUACGGACAAUUUCAAUCUGCCCGGACCAGGAUACUUCGUAGACGCCCUGGUGGCUUGUUUGCCUCCUGGUAAGAAGCCCAUCGUACUCGGGAAGCCCGGCAAGAAGCUGGGAGAGGUCCUGCGGGACCAAUUUGACAUUAAAGACCCGAAAAGAGUGCUUUUUGUCGGCGAUAUGAUCAAUCCAGACAUUAAGUUCGCCCGUAAUGUUGGUUAUCAGUCGCUUUUAGUCCUUUCCGGCGGAACUUCGCCGGAAGAAAUGCUGGCUAACACAGAUGAAAGCGCCAUUCCUGACUUCUGCGCCGACUCCCUGGCAGAUUUAUCAACGCUGAUAAAGAAUGCUGCUCCCCAAUCAACUUUAUAGACAAAUUGUUGAAUCUAUAGACAAU